UUAUUUGGAUCUUUGUUUAAUUCAUUGGCCAAUGGGUUAUAAAGAAGGAGAAGAUUUAUUUCCAAAAGUUGAUAAUAAAAUUUUGUUGUCAGAUGUUGAUUUUAUGGAAACUUGGGGGGCUUUGGAAGAAGCUGUUUUUAAAGAAAAAGUGCGGUCAAUUGGAUUGUCUAAUUUUAAUACUAAACAAAUACAAAAAGUUAUUAGUAAUUGUAGAAUACGCCCAGCUGUUUUACAGACAGAAAUUCAUGUUUAUUUCCAACAAGACGAAUUAUUUAAAUUUUGUAAAGUCAAUGGAAUUAAUGUUGUUGCCUCUUGUCCUCUUGCCUCGUCAAAUGAAAAUCCUUUUCGAAAGAGUGAUUAUCCUUCUGUUUUUAAUGAUCCAGUUAUUAAGAAAAUUGCUGAUGAACUUGGACAGACAAAUGCCCAAAUUGCAUUACAUUAUUUAAUUCAAAAAGGACUUUCAGUUAUUCCAAAAUCUUCAAAUGAGGCUAGAAUGAAUGAAAAUAUAAGAAUUAUUAGAUUUAUGUUAAAUGACGAACAGAUGGAAAAAAUGAGUAAACUUGAUACUAGAAAGAGAAUUAUUCAUUUAGAAUUGAGUUGUCAUUCUCCUUUAUAUCCUUGGAAAUGA